AUGGCCGCCGCCGGCGGGGAGCGCGGCGAAGCGGCGCCGAGAGAGGAGGGGAUGGCAGGUGCCGGCGAGGAGGGGGACGGGGAGGAGAAUAUUCUGUAUGACCUGCUGGUUAACACCGAGUGGUCUCCGGAGACGGAGGUGCAGCCAAGAGGCAACAGAAAACAUGGUGCAUCAUUUAUCAUCACUAGAGCAAUUACAGGUCCUGCAUUGUUUUUGCUUCGUUACAUCUGGUACAGCCCUGCAAAGUUUUCUCUGCCCACUGGACUGGUUCGUCUAGUUAGUAAGCAGAUCAACUGGCACCUAGUACUUGCAAGCAAUGGUAAAUUGUUGGCAGUGGUUCAAGAUCAAUGUGUAGAAAUCAGGUCUGCAAAAGAUGACUUUGGAUCCAUAGUUGGAAAAUGUCAAGUGCCAAAGGAUCCUAACCCUCAGUGGAGGCGAGUGGCAUGGAGUCAUGAUUGUACGUUACUUGCUUAUGCUGAAAGCACUGGAACAGUGAGAGUGUUUGACCUAAUGGGUAGCGAGCUUUUGGUCAUUUCACCAACAGCAAGUUUUCCAGGGGAUCUGAGUUAUGCUAUUGCUGGAUUGAUCUUUCUAGAAUACAAAGCAAGUGCCCAAUGGUCAGCCGAACUGCUUGUUGUUAAUUAUCGUGGAGAACUGAGAAGUUAUCUUGUAAGUGUUGGAACAAAUCAAAGCUUUCAAGAAAGUCAUAGUUUCAGCUUUAGCAGCCAUUAUGCCCAUGGAAUAACUACUGUCAUUUAUCAUCCUGGUCACAGACUUCUACUUGUAGGAGGCUGUGAAACAGAUGAAGAUGGAGUAUCUAAAGCAACUGUUUGUGGGAUAUCUGCUUGGAGAAUUCUGUCAGGCUCUCCCCAUUAUAAACAGGUCACUAGUUAUGAAGAUGACAUUAGAAUAGCACAGAGAAGAGGAUUAUUAAAGAUUAUGAAUAUAAGAUUUUACAGUAGGCGGGGAACAGAACAGGAUGGAGUUUUCAAGAUGAAUCUUUCUCCUGAUGGAGCUCUUCUGGCAGCUAUUCAUUUCUCAGGAAAACUGACAAUCUGGUCUAUUCCAUCUCUCAGACAACAAGGAGAAUGGGACCAAACUGAUCAGCCGGGUUAUGAUGAGAUCAACCCAGACUGGAGACUCUCUAGUGAAAAAAGAAAGAAAAUAAAAGAUAAAGAAUCCUAUUACCCAUUGAUAGAUGUAAAUUGGUGGGCAGAUAAUUCUGUCAUCCUGGCUCGCUGCUCUGGUGCAUUGACUGUGUCAUCAGUCAAGACGUUAAGAAACUUGCUGGGAAAGUCAUGUGAAUGGUUUGAGAGUUCUCCUCAGGUCACUUCAGCUCACGAUGGAGGAUUUCUAAGUCUGGAGUGUGAGAUAAAACUCGUUCCAAAAAGAUUACGCUUGGAGAGCAGGUCUGGUGAUGAAGAUGAGGGAGAAGAUGACUCUGACUCGGAUGAUGAAACUUCUGCUAAGGACAGAUACUUCAGUUACCUAAAGCAAGGCCUGUACUUUGUGACAGAAAUGGAACGAUUUGCUCCUCCACGGAAACGUCCACGUACUAUUACAAAGAAUUUCCGCCUUGUCAGUUUGAGAUCCACGACUCCAGAGGAACUGUACCAGAGAAAAAUUGAUAAUGAAGAAUAUGGGGAAGCUUUGUCUUUGGCUCAAGCAUAUGGCCUUGAUUCUGAUCUUGUGUAUCAAAGACAGUGGAGGAAGUCAGCUGUUAACGUUGCUUCAAUUCAAGACUACUUGAGCAAAAUUAAGAAGCGCGCAUGGGUUCUUCACGAGUGCUUGGAAAGAGUUCCAGAGAAUGUGGAUGCUGCUAAGAAGCUGCUUCAGUAUGGCUUGAAAGGCACAGACUUGGAGGCUCUUGUGGCCAUAGGAAAAGGACAAGAUGGCGGCAGAUUUAUCUUACCAGGGGAGGUGGACAUUGAAAUUCCCUAUGAAGACUUUUUGUCACCAGAUGAAGAAAUGGAUACUAGAAAGGAAAAAGAGGCCAAGAAGCAUCAAGAACUGCUGUUAUCAGUAAACUUCUCAAAGCUGACACUGGAACAAAAAGAACUCUGCCGUAGCAGGCUGAAGCUGUUAACUUACCUUGAUCGCCUUGAAACCUAUGAGGAAAUCCUUAAAGGGCCUCAUGCAGCUGAACAGCACUAUGAUGGUGAAUUCUUCAAGAGGUUCAGAAAUCAGAAUAUUGUACUUUCAGCAAGAACUUAUGCUCGGGAAAGCAAUGUCAGAGCCCUGGAAAUUCUGUUCACUUUCCAUGGAUCAGCUUUACUUCCACACAGACAGGCAAUUCUCUCCAAUUUUCCAGAGACUACUUCACCACAUGAAUAUGCUUUCUUGUUGCCUGAAGCUUGUUACAAGCAGGGGACAUUGAAAAUUCUUCCAUGGAAUGAGCAGAAACAUCGUGAAGAAGAUUGGUGUGAAAAAGCAGAAUGCAGGAUGAUUGUUGAACCAACUUUACAAGAUGAAGGCGAAUUUCUGUAUGAAACGCAGCCUGAGUUGCUGAAGUACAGGACUACUAACCUCUCAGUAGAUCUCGUUACCAGUUGGUAUUUGAGCAGAGCACAGGAAAUUGAAAAAUACGCAAUGCAGGUGGACUGUGCUCUGUCCCUUGUUCGUCUUGGCAUGGAGAGGAAUAUUCCUGGUCUGCAGGUGCUUUGUGACAAUCUGAUCACUCUUGAGACAAUAGUUUAUGAGACUGAUGGUGAUCGAACCUUAACUUUGAAGGAACUUGUAGAGAUGAAGGACAUUGAAAAGCUGAGGCUGUUGAUGAACAAAUCCUGUGAUGAAAAAUACGUGAAGAAUGUUUAUCAGUGGAUGAUCCCUUUUCUCCACCGCUGUGAAAAUCAGUCCCCUGGUCUUGCAAAUUCCCUUUUUAAAGAUUAUUUAGUAACAUUAGCAAAGGAAGACCUGACUCUACCUCUGAAGAUAUUUCAGAAUUCAAAACCUGCUUGUCAGCAAAAAAUUAUUCCUGAUCAAGACCAGCUUAUGAUUACGGCAUUGGAAUGUAUUUAUAGUUGUGAACGAGAUGACCAGCUCGCUCUCUGUUACGAUAUUUUGGAAUGCCUUCCACAAAGAGGAUAUGGGCCUGAAACAGAUAAAACUAACACUAUUCACGAUGAAGUAGAUGAACUGGAACAAAUUCUUAGUGUGUCAGAACUGUUGGAGAAACAUGGACUUCAGAAACCUGUUUCCUUUGUGAAAGACACAAAGGACAAUGCGGAGGAGGCACGGAAGCUGAUGAUUAGACUGACGAGGCACACAGGUCGCAAGCAACCAUCAGUCAGUGAGGCACACUGGAAGGAAUUGCUCCAGGAUAUGUUAGACAUGCAGCAGAAAGUAUAUACAUGCUUACAUUCAGAUACUUGCUAUGAGAUAUUUACAGAAAGUCUUUUAUGCUCAAGCAGUAUAGACAAUAUCCACUUGGCUGGGCAAAUGAUGCAUUGCAGUAUUUGGUCAGUGGAUCUACCAAGUUCAUCAAAAGGGAAGCCACAGUACCGAGUCAGCUAUGCGAAAAGUAUCGAACUAGUUUUGGCUGCUGGCAGAGAAUAUUUCAAUUCUUCAACGAGUUUGACUGAUAGCUGUAUGGAUUUGGCCAGGUGCUGUCUCCAACUUAUUGUAGACUGUCCGAGUGCUAUUCAGGAGGAGCUAGAUCUCAUUCGUGCUCUCGGCUACCUUGAAGAAUUUGGUGUGAAAAUAUUACCAUUACAAGUGCGUUUAUGUUCUGAUCGACUUAGUCUCAUCAAGGACUGUCUUGCUCAGUUGUCAACGAACUAUAAGCAGUCUGCUAAGCUCCUGGGACUUGCAAAUUUGCUAAGGGUUGCAGGAGGUGAUCAGAUGGAGAGAAAAGGUCAAGUUUUGAUACUUUUAGUGGAACAAGCUCUCAGUUUCCAGGACUACAAAGCAGCUAGUAUGCAUUGCCAGGAGCUCAUGGCCACAGGUUAUUCUAAAAGCUGGGAAGUAUGCAGUCAGCUUGGGCAAUCGGAAGGCUACCAUGAUUUGGGUAUGCGUCAGGAACUCAUGGCUUUUGCUCUGACACACUGUCCCCCAAGUGCCAUAGAGGCGUUGCUGGGAGUGAGCAGUUCGUUGCAAACCCAGAUUCUUUAUCAGGCUGUGAAAUACAAGUUUCUUCCUUCAGAAGGAGGUGAGAAUAUAAAUAUAUCAGGACCUUCUUCGUUGAUCAGUAAGGAUACAGAGGAUGAAACCAACGUCUCCUCUAGCCAGUCUGCUGAUUUGUUGUACUGGACGACAUCAAAAACCAUGAAGGUGUUGUCUAACACAACUAUGACUACAAAAGCCAUGCUGCAUGCUGUCAGUGAUGGACAGUGGUGGAAGAGAUCAUUAACUUAUCUUCGACCACUACAUGGCCAAGAUGUAUUAAAAAGUGGGCCUGGAGAAAAUGCCACUGUGGAAAAACAAGGCUGUCAUCCGUUUUAUGAGUCUCUAAUUGCUGAUCCAUAUGUUGCAGAAUCUGAAAUCAGCUAUGGCAUGUACCAGAACAAUUCUUUGGAAAGCUUUGCAGAAGUAUUGCUGAGAACAGAGAAACUGACAGAAACAAAGAGUGAAGAAAAAGACCUACUUCCAACUACAGAAGUUCUGCUACAACUGGCAAAUGAUGCGUUACCAAAUGAUAUGGCCUUGUCUCUUGCCUAUCUACUUGCCCUGCCGCAGGUGGUAGAUGCCAACAAAUGCUUUGAAAAGCAAUUACAUUCUGCGUUAUCUCUCCAGCUGGCAAGUUAUUACUAUAGCCUACAGAUCUACGCUCGUUUGGCACCAUGUUUCAAGGACAAAUGCCACCCUCUCUACAGGGCUGAUCCAAAAGAGCUGAUUCAGAUGGUCACAAAGCAUGUUACUCAGUAUGGCUGUACAGACUGGCCUGAAGAAAUCGCAACUUUGAUAAAUCAGCUGCAUUACUACAAUGAACGACUACUGGAUUUCACUCAAGCUCAGAUUCUGCAAGGGCUUGGCAAAGGAGUGGAUGUGCAGAGGUUUACAGCAGAUGGACAGUACAAGAGGGAAACAAUACUAGGAUUGGCAGAAACACUUGAAGAAAAUGUCUACAAGAUUGCUGUUUCUUUGGCUCAGCGAUACAGUGUUCCACUUUGGGAAGUUUAUAUGACGCAUUUGGAAUUUUUAUUCACCGACAGUGGGUUAUCAACACUGGAAAUACAAGAAAGAGCACAAACUCUUGGUCUCUUUGAGACUUUGAAAACCAAUCCUGAAACCUUACAUGAACACAUGGUUAAAUAUGUUUACCCAAGUAUUGAAGGUAGAGAUCACCAGCGAUUGCUUUACUAUUUUACACUCCUUGAAAAUUGUGGUUGCUCAGAAGUGGUGAAGCAUGCUGUUAAACCUGAAACUCACAUCCGACUCCUGAAAAAAUUUAAAGCAGUUGCACCAGGUCUUAAUUACAAGAAGCUAACAGAUGAAAAUGAAAACCCUCUGGAAACACUGGAGCCCAUCCUUACAAGUCAAAAUAUCUUAUCUAUUUCCAAACUGGCUCCCAAAAUUCCUAAAAAAGAUGGCAGUACGCUGUCACCGAGCUCUAUUUAUGCUGUCUGGUUACAAAAACUUUUUUGGAAUGGUGAUCACCAUCUCAUUAAAAAAAUACCAGAAACCAUGGAUGAGUGGCUACACGCAUAUGAUACGUGUUCAAAGUACUUGGAUAGACUUGAUCCAGAUGAUAUUGUCACUUUUAUUGACGAAAUUACCUUUUCUUCAAAAGCUGUCACAAAGCUGCCAGUUGAAGCCAGGAUAGAAGUGACUAAGAAGGCUACUAAGGCAGUCAAACAUCUUUCUGAGAAAUCACGAAAAAAGACUUCUGAGAAUGACAUGGAAGAUGCUGAAAAUCCAUCUGUUGCUUAUGAAGAAACUCUGAAACACUUGCAGCAAUCUCUUGCUCAUCUGGAAACACUCACUCAUAGUUUUAUCACUUCCUUGAAAAACAGCAAACAGGAUACACUACAGAAGUAUGGCUAUUUAUAUGAUUUGUCAAGGUGAGAGAAAGAAAAAAUCCAUGAACAAGCAGUAGCUAUGUGUAUAGAUGGUCAACCCCUGGACAUGAUACAACAGUUGUUACAGGUGGCCGUUGGAGAUCUAGGUCUUUCUCCCAAGGAUAUUGUCCAACAUGCCAUUAAAAAAAUUGUAUGUACGUUAAGUGGAAAUGGUGGCUCAUCUACAUCAGUGAAAGAUCCACUUGGAAUCCUAGAAGGCAUCGUGUCUGCAGUGCAUAAAAGUGUUGAGAAAGGGGAGAAAAUAGUUUCUUCAGAUGACCUUCUGGAGUGGUUGAGACCUUUCUGUAGUGAUGACUCUUUAGCAGUGAAGCCUCGCAUCAGAGUAUUGCAAAUUCUGGAGCAAGCCUUCCAUCUCAGUGAUGAGGAUAGCAAGCUACUUGUGUACUUCAGGACGCAAGCUGUUCUCAGAGUUUGCUGGCCUGAAACAAAGGUAGAGAUAACAGAUGUUGAAAAUGAAGAAAAAAGGUAUGAUCUUUUCCUGGGACUUCUGGAGUCUAGUCACAGUCUGUCUGAGUUUCAGCACUUGGUUUUACUCCUUCAAGCUUGGCCACCGAUGGACAUGAGCAGUGGAUCAUGCAGAGAUGAUAAUCCCUGGGUGAAACUGGGGACUGUUAUGCUACGCAGAUGCCAACCCAAGGAAAAGGAGAACACAGGAAAUGAAAUUUUGAAAAUCUGCCGUUCUUUGUAUGAGACAAAGCACAAGCUCCCUGUUGAGUGUAUAAAAGAAUUAUGUUUGCUGCUGCUUAACCAGUCCAUCCUGCUGCCAUCCCUGAAACUGCUGGUAGAAAGCAAAGAUCAAGAUCUUCACGCUGUAGCACUGGAGCAGAUAACAGCUGUUGCUAAGGUUGAUGAUUCCAGUUGUGACGCUGAAAUACUUUCCUUGCUCCUCAAUGCCAAGUUAGUGGUGAAGUGCGUAUCUACUGCCUUCUAUCCUCGUCUUAUUGACCACUUACUGGCUAACCAGGGAGAAGGAGGCUGGGAUGUAGAGGAAAUAGCAAAACAACUUAAAGAAGCAGGGUUCAACGCAGAGGCUGGGUCCCUCUUGAUGUCUCAUCGAGGGACUCAUCCUGCACUCAGGACUUUUACUACUGCCCUCCAGGCUAUUCAGCAUUGGAUCUAAAAAUGUUGGAUUUAUGCAUUUGUCUGCCUUUUUGCUGGAGAUCUUACACAAAAGGGAGAAAUUGUUCUAAUGAAGUAACAAAGUUAGUUGUUGCUUAUGUUUUGCAGAAACUACAAACAGCACACUUACAGUGAAUUCCUGUAUACUUCUAAUCGUUUUAAAAAAUUGUUGGUGCAGACCAUACCAUUCUGUUAUAUGGCUAGCAAAGCAUUGAAUCUGAUAAUCCUUUUCAGAUCAAAGUGUUAAAUGGUUACACUCCGUGACAUAUAAAUGAAACAUUAGUAAGCUGGCAGGUUAUAUACAAUUUGUCUUAAUUUCUGUAAGUAAUUUACUCUUGUCACAAUGUAAAACUGAUGUAAAAAUAUAAUUAUAAAGAUAUAUGGAGAAAAAAAAAAUCACAGUGAAGAAUAAUUUCUGAGAAUUUCAAAACCUUGAAAUUUGGUAUUGUGCAAUGUUGUUACCACAGCUUUUGUUUGCAAUAAGUAAAAUAUUUUGCAUUUAUCGUAGUCACUCUUUUCCUCCUUUUAGACAGAUAAAUAUUUUCUUUCUUCAGCCACUUUUUCUCAAAUUCCUGUCUCUCCUCAGUGAUGUUUAUUCAUAAGGACAAGCUGAACUUC